AUGACUCGUCUCUAUAAUUUCAUUGUCUUUCUCCUCCCUUCUGUUCUUGCUGGCUCUGUUCCCAAGACUUGCAAGACAUACCCUGGAUCCUCAGAUUGGCCUUCUCACAAAGCAUGGUCUCGUCUCAAUGACACUUUAGACGGUAGACUCUUUGCGCCUGUUCCUCCUGGGGCAGUCUGCCAUAAGGGCUGGCCGUCUUAUGACAAAGAUACUUGUCCCAGGGUCGCUGAGGCUUGGAAGCAUUAUGAUCUUCACACGCAGAAUCCUGUCUCUCUUAUUUAUGAUCAGUAUUCGAACUGGACUUGCCUCCCAGAUAAGAGUUAUCCAUGUAGUGGAAGUGGAUAUCCUGCUUAUGUUGUUAACGUUACGAAGGCGGAGGAUAUCAAAAUUGGGAUCGACUUUGCUCGGAAGAACAACAUCAGGCUCGUUGUCAAGAACACUGGCCAUGACUACAUGGGACGCUCCAUAGCUCCCGGUUCUCUCUCCCUCUGGACUCACCAUCUCAAAGAAAUAACCUACCAUAAAGGCUCCUUCAAGCUUCACAACUCCAAGACUGUUAUCACUGGUGAUGCUGUUACUGCCGGCGCGGGGACCCAGAUGUACGAUCUCUACACCACGCUGGAUAAGUAUGGCCGCGUAGUUGUUGGCGGCGGCGGAAAGACAGUCGGUCUUGGAGGCUACGUUACUGGUGGCGGACAUUCUCUCUUGUCGACCAAACACGGCCUUGCAGUUGAUCAAGUCCUCCAAAUGACGAUGGUCACACCAUCUGGAAAGAUCCUGACCAUCAAUGAAGAUAACCAUUCUGAUCUCUUCUGGGCAAUGCGAGGAGGCGGCGGUUCAACCUUUGGUGUCCUCACAUCCAUCACCAUGAAAGUCUACAAGACCCCCAAAAUCACCGCAUCAGCCUUUACAAUCGGAACCUCCGCAGCCGCUCCCUUCAAAUACGAUCUCCUCGCCUACAUCAUCUCCCAAUUCCCCUCCUUAUCCGACGCCGGUCUUUCAGGCUAUACAAUCCUUAGCCCCCAAACACCCAACCCCGCCGGCGGGCCCGACGAAGUAGCCGGUAUCCAAGGUGUUUUUGCGGCACAGGACGUUAACGACCCAGAGUACAUUCUCAAGUUGUUCAAGCCGAUUAAUGAUACUAUUCAGAAGCGGUGGCCCGGAGCUGUGCAGUUUAGUGCUACGAAGGAAGGGUAUGGCUCUUUUUUGGAGUGGUAUGAUGUUUAUUUUGAUCAGGGUGCUGCGGGGGUGACCCUUUAUCUUGCCUCGAGAUUGUUGGGUAGGGAAGCGCUGGGUGACGAGAAGAAGUUCAGGGGGGCGUUGGAAGAGAGUUUGGCUUCUGCUGGGGGGUUGACAGUUCAUUUGAUCGCUGGGAAGGGUGUUAGAGAUGCGAAGCCCAGAGGGGGGAGUGCAGCUGUUAAUCCUGGCUGGAGGAAGAGCUAUAUUCACGCGAUAUCUGGAGAGUCCUUUGAGCCUUUCAACAAGACUUCUAAAGCUGAGGCAGUCAAGGCGUCAAAUACAUCUAUGGAGCCAUUCCGCAAACUUUCUCCAGAUACUGGGGCUUAUAUCAAUGAGGCUCUUCCUUUCGAACCUGAUUGGCAGCAUGCCUUUUGGGGUAAGAACUACGAGAAACUUCUGGCCAUCAAGAAGAGUGUUGACCCUGAUGAUGUUUUUUGGUGCUUUCCUUGUGUUGGAAGUGAGAAGUGGGCACAGAAGGACAAUGGUCGUCUCUGCCGAGUCAAAUGA